AUGUAUGACCCUCCCUCCCUCCCUGAGAGCUAUGACAUCAAGGACGAGAAUCUCUUGAAUGUGCCUGUGGAUGAUGUAGAGGACAUCCCGAUCUUUUUGUACUUCGGUCAAUGUUGCCGGUUUUUGGAGCAACGUCUACAUGAUUCGAACGAAGCGUCAAAUGGCUCUGUCCUCGUAUACUGCCAAGCUGGCAGUUCGCGAAGUGUCACGGCACGCCAAUGGACCGUCGAGCAGGCCCUGUCGUUUAUGAAAUCAAAGCGAAAGGAAGCUGAUCCCAACCCAGGAUUCCUGCAACAACUGGCUCUCUUUGAGGCCGAAGGAUACCAAGUUCGAUUACCACGACCUCAAGUUCGGCGGUUUUUGAUUCAACAUACCAAUGCUAUGGAUACUUUACUCACACCCACCAUGCUAAUCCAAAAAGGCAAAGAUGCCGGCGAUGACGAUCCUUACUCGGACCCUGUGGAUGCUGCAUCCCAAACGACCAGUUCCAGCACAUCAUCGGCUCGUCUUCGCUGCAAGAUGUGCCGUCGUGAACUGGCAUCAGCAGAGCAUGUGGUACCCCACGAUCCAGGGAAGGGCGAGAUGGCGUUUGAGCCAAACAAGCGCGAUAGUGUGCGGAAAGGUGUCACACCUGCCCCACAAGCAGGCAUGCGUGCCCUGCCACAGGUGCCGGUCCUCCCACCACAACUGGCUCGAGCACGGCAAGCUUUGGCAGGUCCAACGAUGCGUCAAAGUCUACUGCACUCACCACGUUGUUCUGCGUACUUUGUUGAGCCCCUCACGUGGAUGAUGGACUCGUCAGAUGUGGUGGAAGGGGUGAUCAGUGGACGGCUGAUCUGUCCCAAUGACAAAUGCCAAGCCAAGCUGGGAAGCUGGACGUGGGCAGGCACGCAAUGUGCAUGUGGUGCAUGGGUGACACCUGCCUUUGGAUUGCAACGCGCCAAAGUCGAUGAAGUGUUCGUUUCAUAG